UGAGCGAGCGAAACGAUCGAGUGGCCACGUCACCUGGGCAGUGUCAGAUAGGAGCCACAUGCCGUCGGACGCCCACGUCCGCCGAUGUUUUCGUUAUCUCUCCAAGGAAUUCGAGGCCGACGAUGUGUACGCUGAGUUUCAGCAAGUGGACGUGGACGGCAAGGGCCACCUCAAGCGAAGAGUUUUCGUUCAAACCUUGACCACGCUUGUGGGAGACGCCAGCAAUAUCGACGUCGACAGUGUCGCGGAGACGUUUGAAAGGUCGAAAAAAGAAGUGAACUACACGCAGUUUUGCCACGAGCUGCAAGAAUACAAGGAAGAACAUGCCAAGUCGAAAGGCGAGUCAUCCAAGACCAAUGACAAACACAACCCCCCGAGGAAGUCGUACUCGAUCGACGCAGCAACAGAGGACGAGUGCAGCGACGACAGCAGCAGACGCGGACGAUCUCGAAAGCAGCAUGGGAACGCCAAGCACGGGAACGACUCGGACGACUUGACAAAGCGCACCGUGCGUAUCGACCAUCGAUUGGAAACGCAUCGCGUGUUCAAAGCGUCGAUUCGACACAAGAUCCUCCAUGGUGUCAAGCGCACGGCAGCAUCGGCGGCCAAGCACGGGUUUGAUAGCAUUCGCGAUCUCCUCCUACGCCAAGACAGAACGGGCGAAGGGACGCUGGAUGAACAAGUGUUUGUGGGCACGUUGCUGGACAACAUGAAAGCCCCAUUGACGCAGAAAGAAAUGGCCUACUUGACGGUCAAUCUGCGCAACAAGCGGCAACCUUCCUGCAUCAACUACGAACAAAUCGGGCACUUUCUGUGUGUUGACAGCGAAGAAGAAGCGUCGACGUCUGGGGACGAUGACAUAUCCCCGCCGCCUCGUCGUGCGUCGAGUUCCAACUCUCCGUCCAAAAAACAGCUCGAUCAGCCUCAUCUUGGCUCGGACGUGCUCAAUCUCGAGCGCGAUUUGAAACUGUUUAUGACGCAGCGCGUACCCAAGACGAUCGAUGGUGUGACGCGGGUGGCGUGCUGCCACGUUCCCAAGUCGAUCUUCACAGGAGCGGAAAAAUUUGUCGAGGCGUGUGAGCUGUACGACCCCCUCGAAACGGGGGGACUCGCCGAAGACGGGUACGAAAAGGUGCUCGCGUUCUGCGGCCUCACGGUCACCCGCGCGCAACUGCGGUCUGUUCUGUCCAAAUUCCCACGCACAUCCCAAGGCCUUGUUAGCUAUGCCGCGUUUCUCGAACGCUAUGGCCAACACUUGGCGACCGUGAGGAACCACAAACACAUGAAAACGAUUCUCCAGCGCCUCGCUAUGGACCCCAACCGCGACGCGAUGGCCCACUUGACGCAGUUUCGCCAACAAAUGGAGAAAAUCGAUGCCCGCGUCACGGGGGUGCCGACAGGGAUCAUCUCGAAGAAGGAUUUCAUUGCAUGCGUGACGAGUCACAACAGUCUGCGGUGGCCCAAGCAAGACACGGAAGCGCUGCUGCCACUCUUCAUCGAUCCAUCGAAAGCCACGAAACACAAAGAUGUUCGAGUCGUCCAUUACCCCGAGUUUCUAAGGAUGUUGAAGGACUCGUCGUCGGACUCGAUGCCCGAUCAAAUUCCGUGCCACUGCACCGACAACCUGUCCAACGCGUCGAAAAUGGACAGGCUGCACGACAAACUGUACGAGUUCUUGCAUGACCAGUCUCGUGGCGUCGGAACUCGGGGCCGCGACAUUGCCGAGCAUGCGUUUGAAUCGGCCGACAAAUUGCGCCACGGGACAUCCGCCACGGUGUCGGGGUAUCUGACCGAGCGCGACUUUUUUACGGUCCUGCGCACCAUUGGGGCAGGCAUUUCACCGGCAGAGCAGCAGUUGCUCUUGCAUGCACUGUCCCAGGCAGGCUACAUCACGUCACAAGGAAUCGCGUACCUUUGCUUUCUGCGGCACUUCGACGUGCCGGUUCAGCGGACCAAGAGUCCGCGCCACCACCCAAACUCCGUCGAUGUCGGCAGCAUGUGUGUCGGAACUUACUUGGCAGACCAUGCGACGGCUCAAGAGCGAGAGAAUUUUGAGGCGAUUCUCGCUACCUUUAGAAAGAUGCAGUUGGAACCGGUCGAGUCGUCGGUGACGUCGAGCCAGCUCGUGUACCACCUCGGUCCUGUGCUCAAAGCGUCGUUGCAAUUUUUUACAUAAUUCCAACUGUUUCUAUGGGGGGUGGAUGGGUUCAAAACGACAGCGCCCGCUGCCGCAGGAGACUUUCGCGCUCGUUGUCGCUUAGGCUGUCUGACUGGCUGUACCCGCGACCACGAGUGUAUUCGACCGAGGUGCCGUCGGUGAUAUGCCUCGAAAUGACCGGGCUGAACAUCGCCGGCGUCGACACACUUACAAACACCCGCUCGAGGACGUCAAGUUCUUCGUCCUUGGGCGAAUGUAGUUGCGACUGCCGGGCCGCGACUGUCGCCGCCUCGUCCCAGUCGACCUUGUAAAGCGCUGCUGCAAUCAGAACAAACUUGGUGGAUUCGCCCAAGAUGCUGCUGAUCCAGAGGCCGGCGAGGCCCCAAUGGCAAGCCACCCCCAGGAUAAACGAUGCCGGGAGGAGCACCACCCAUGACCCCGUUGCCGUGAUGCAUAGCAGCGUGUUGGCCUUCGACAUGGCUUCUGCCACGCUAGCAAGAACAAUGUGCAGACCCGAAAUACCCACGGCAAUGCAAAACAAAUAGAAUGUCUUGGCAAUCAAGGCUGUCAGUGCUGGGUCUGGCGUGAAGAGGGCAAUCAGGGGAUACAGGAACAGAUAAAACACACCCGCCGACCCGAACGCCGCCACGCCACCAAGGGCAAACCCAAUCAACAUGGUGCGCUUGGCGGCAUCUGGGCAGUUGCCCCCGAGAAAGUUGGCGACGCGGACUUGAGUUGGAAGGCCAAACCCCCAGUAGAUGCUGUACACAAGGUUCCACAGCAUAUAUAGGACACUGUUCGCCGCCAUGUCAAGGGACCCGAGGGAGCUCGCGAUGGCCGUCACAACUGAAUAGAUCCAUUCGUCCAACGCGACAUUGAGCGUCAUGGCCAUGGACAGCCAGAUGAAUCGCUUGACGCGAUCGGGGCGCAGGCACGACCACUUCCAUCCAAACCAUGUCUUUUCAUGGUAUCCUUUGUACCAGCACGCAUAUCCAAACAACGCGAGGGGCUGAAAGACAUCCGCGACGAAUUGCGCCAAAGGCGACCCGACGAAUCCAAACCCGAGUUGAAACAUCAACAGAUAGUUGGCCGCAAUGCAGAUGGGAACGCUCAAAAAGCUCACGACUGUGCCGGGGGUAAUUAUUUCUUGCGCUUGAAGGUAUUGCCUGUUCCAGACAUAAUCGUGAGGGCGUUUGCGCCAAGCAUGUGAUUCGCCUCGGAAGGGGGAGAAGUACCUGAGGGCACAGUUGAGGCAUUGGGGCCACACGCUGAGAACAGAAUAGCGGCAAAAUACGACGGCAAGCUUCAGCGUUUCUGGGUCGCUGUUGACCAUCGCCAAAACAGGUUCCACGUACAAGAACGAGAUGCCCAUCACAAUGGAAAUAACGCUAAGUGUCACCACGCCCAGCUGAAACCAAAUACCAACGAGCUCGUAGUUGCGGGCGCCGUACGCUUGGCCACAUAGCGUGCAGAGUGAAACGGAGAACCCGUAAAUGAAGAUUUGCAAAGCUGACACCCAAAUGUUGGCCAAUGCACUGGCAGCUAGUUCCUUCGAUCCCAAGUGGCCCAAGAAACCUGCCGUAAUGGCUGGGAGCAAGGUACGACACAACGUGGCGAGACUCACUUUCCACGCCAUCUUGGAGAUCACAGCAGCUUCGGACGAGUACGUCGUCAUGGCAUGUUGCGCAAUAUCUUGCACGCGGCCGUAGAACGAGUCCGACACUGGCGACAGCGCGUUGUGACCGUCGGAAGAUGUGGAUGACGCAGUGUGUGGAGAUUCCGUGUACUUUAACGAGUUGUUCUUACGUUUCGACGUCUGCAAUCGCAGGGAAAUGGGGCUUGGCAAGGAUGGAGUCGACGGCAUCUUUGUUGGGCUGCCAUCGACAAAUUGAAGGAGUGCGG